AUGUACUAUUAUCAAUGUCUACCCCCGCAACUUCUCAUGUUUCACCUUCAUUUAUCCCUAUAUUUGGUGAAGCAAUUGAGCUUUUGCGCAAGAUAUUUUUAACAGCUAAGGGUCAGCCUUUUGUUGUUUCUGGUUCAGGAACUCUUGGUUGGGAUAUGGUUUCUUCAAAUUUAAUAGAACCAAAUGAAGAUGUAUUAGUUUUAAACACUGUUACGCAAGUAAAGGCUGAAAUUGGUGAUCGUCCUACUCUUGAAGAAAUUCAUAAUGCUCUUGUCUCAAAAAGAUUCAAGGCUAUCACCAUUACCCAUGUUGAUACAUCUACUGGUGUACUUUCUGAUGUAAAAGCGAUAGCAGAUUUAGUUAAACAGUAUUCUCCUGAAACGUUGGUGAUUGUUGAUGGUGUAUGUUCUGUUGGAUCUGAAGAGAUUCGUGUGGAUGAGUGGGGUAUUGAUGUCGUUUUAACCGCAAGUCAAAAAGCUCUUGGAGUUCCUCCAGGAUUAUGUAUCUUGAUUGCAAGCGAAAGAGCUAUGGUUCCAAAAAAUAGAGAAGUUUCUGCUAACGGAAUGACUGCCGUUUACUAUCCUGAAGGCAUCAAAGCGACUGAUCUUCUUCCCAGGGUAGCAGAAUGUGGUGUCGUGAUUGCAGGUG